UUUGUUUUUUAUUUCUCUAAAUGCUGGUAAACACCGAACAAACCAACAUUUCUGUGUCACAGUUACUGCUGAACUCAUUUGCAACAUUAAUGAAAAGAAUUGUUCCUAUAUGUUUUUGUGAUACUUUAAAUCUUACUGAAAGUUGCACCGUUGUAAUGAGUUAUAAAUCACAGUGUGUGAAAAGAAAAACAUUUUUGACAUUUUGAACAUUUUAACAAGCUUAUUAUUGUAAAUACAUUUUAAACUGAUUGCUGUGAUUCAUAUGAGGCUUAGCGUAAUGUCUUUAACUUCUUGCUUUUGGAUCUGAAAAUGCCUUUCUUAAUUGCAACAGAUUACGUUGGUUGCACCCUGAAUCCUUAUCAGAAUUGUGAAGAACCUUCCUUUCUUGCCAUAGGUUACAUGGAUGCUGAUCAGGAAUCUGGUGAUUACAUGAAUUGCGCUCUGCCUCUUGAUCAGGAUUAUGAAGCUUGUAACUACAAACCUAGAAAUAAGUCUGACAGCAAGACAGGGGUAUUUACUCAGAUGAAGAAGAUACUAAGUGACUUUUGGAAAUCUUGUAAGACGGUGGCUGAUGGUGCUCUAAAAUCUGUGUCUGAAGCUGCUGUGCCCGAGCAGCAAACCAGAGAUCCUUUGCUGCAAACCAGAGAUCCUUUGCUGCAAACCAGAGAUCCUUUGCUGCAAACCAGAGAUCCUUUGCUGCAAACCAGAGAUCCUUUGCUGCAAACCAGAGAUCCUUUGCUGCAGUUAGUCUCCCUCCAGGAGGCAACUGGCAAGUGGUUGCUUGAUCCAGCUCUGCCUACUGCACUGGGAAAGACCAACGAGGAGGUGGAGAAGUCAAAGCCAGUAUUGGCCAACAAGGAAAUUUGGGCUACCAUUCUGGCUCUGAUCUGGCUUCAUGGUUUAAAGAUGGAUUCAAAGAAUGAGUGGGAUCUUCUGGCUAUGAAGGCUGCCUCAUGGCUCCGUGCUCAGAAUGCACCAUGGGUGACAGAGUGUGUGGAAGCUGCGAAUUUACUGUUGGGUUGCAGCGUGACGAAAGAAGCUCUGGGACUCUGAGGGAUUUCUUAUAAACCCUUUUCCAGUAGUACCUACUUGGGUUGGGUCGGCACGGCUCAACUCUGUUUUUAGCCUUUUCCAUUAGGUGAUAGUAUCUGGUAGUGGAUAGUUUUUUAGUACCUCCUCAGCCGGAGUUCCAAGCGAUCCAUGCAAGUAGAAUGUGACAUCAACAGACUGCGUGCCACAAAUUGAUUGGUCAGUGGUGUCACUUGAUGAAUCAUGAGAGCGUCUACUUAACGACUAACUAACUAAACCGUCAUUUUUGAAACCUAGCAACAAGGGAAAUGUCUACACUAAAGACAACACCGUGAUCACUGACUCUGCCAAAAAGCCACAGACUGAGCAACAGGUAUACCACUACCUUUGUUGUGGCGUUCGUGUCACACAAAAAUGAUAUUACAGAACAUUUGGCGGAAUUGCUAUAAUAACCCCAUGCACAUUGGGUCUUAUUCGAUUUAAUGAAAAAGAAGUUGAGCUGAGUCAUGCUGCAUCGAGUCAUGGCGAACCUGAGUAGAUGCUACUGGAAAAAGGGCUUUGAAGUGGCUUCACCUUCAAAUCUACUUAGAAUAUACUGCCUUUGAUUCAGUGUUGUCCAGUGGCAAUGAUCACAGUCAUGCCUGCUUACUUGAUGGACGAUUGUUGUUUGCCACUGAUUUUAGUAUAUCACCUUUGUGAUUCAUUUUAAUACUUUGGUUCAAAAAUGUUGUGCAGUGAAAGGGACACUCCAAAACAAACAACAAACACAUCUCCCACUACUGUCCAAGUUGCAGCAUUUUUUUUAUUUAGUUAGUCAGUUAUUAGUUAUCGGUGCAAAAUCUCCACGUACUGACAAGUACUGUAAUUCUAUGAAUACAUUGAGCAGUUAAACAAGAGAAACUGUAUGCAGGUGGAUUAUGGCAGUUCUGUUUUUACAAUAAUAAAAAUCAAUAAUCAGCAAGUAAAACCUUGAUUUGUGACUUUUGUUUUAUUUCAUUAUUUAUUUUUUAAAUCCUGUCUGGCAGCUUUGCAAUCAGAAUUGUGAUCUGAAUGCAUUUUCGCUUUAUUUUUUAAUAACAUUAAACUUUUAGAUAUAUGCUAGGGCCACUGAAGGCAGAAAAAUUAAACGGGAAAGCUGUGCGUGUGUGUGUCAGUUAUUUCUUGUGCAGUGGUUUUAUGCACUGGUUUAUCUGGUAGGUAUUAAAUAUUAUAAAUAUUUAAAUACACCAAAUAUUUAAUUAAUUUGUUUUCUACCUGCUGUACCUAAGAAGCCACCCACAGGCCCUUUGCUGACAUUAAUCUCCCUCCAGCAGGCGUCUGGCUGCUUUUUGCUUGAUGCGCCUCUGGCUACUGCACUGAGUAAGACCAGCAAGGAGGUGGAGAAAUCAAUGCCUGGAAAGGUGACUUGUUCAUCUUAAAUAAUAACAUAAACUGAUAAUUUGAGAUAUUGUGAAAAUAAUAAUAAUAAUGAUAAUAUAGCAAAAUUUGAACACAAACACAUGAUGUAUAUACAUGUAUGGAACAACCGGACAACAAUAUUAUGUGUGUGUUAUAAUUUGUUUUAAUUAUAUAAUUAGAAUUGUUAUAUAUUUGUAUUGUAAAUUGGUAUUUGACAAUUGUGUUUACCAUUGUAAACAAAUAAACAGAUAAAUCAGAAUUGUUAUCAUAACAUUGAGAAA